AUCUGAGCUCUACUGAGCGCUACUGUGGACUUAACCGCUGCCUGUAUGACACACGCCAUCAAUGGUUGUCCUGAGGAUCAGAAAUGUUCACAAAAGGAAAUAUGCUCUUAUCUGUCUGCUCAUCAUUGGGUUCAUCAUGUUCUACAGAUAUCUCAGAGUGCCAGCACGGGGACGGGGGAUGAGCAGGAAAGUGGGCCUGAGAGCCAACGUCUCCCAGUUCACCCUGGAGGGAGAGCCUUUUCAAAUCAUCGGGGGAUCCAUCCACUAUUUCCGUGUGCCUAGGGCCUACUGGAGAGACCGGCUGAUGAAAAUGAAGGCCUGUGGCAUCAACACACUCACUACGUACGUGCCAUGGAGUCUGCACCAGCCAGAGAGAGGGGUUUUCAACUUCCACACACAGCUGGAUUUGCAAGCCUACAUCGGUCUUGCUGCUGAAUUGGGAUUGUGGGUGAUUUUACGUCCAGGACCCUACAUUUCCUCUGAGCUGGACCUCGGAGGACUGCCCAGCUGGCUGCUCCGUGACAGCAGCAUGAGACUGAGGACAACUCACUCAGGCUUCACUCAGGCUGUCAACACCUUUUUUGACAAACUUAUACCAAAAUUGGUUCAGCUGCAGUUCAAGAAAGGAGGUCCCAUUAUCGCAAUUCAGGUGGAAAACGGGUACGGAUCCUUUUCAAAGGAUGACGGUUACAUGUUUUAUAUCAAAGAGGCUUUACAGUCCAGAGGGAUCAGUGAGCUCUUGCUCACAUCAGACAACCACAACACAUUGAAGUCAGGGGGUGUAGAUGGAGCCAUCAGAUCACUGAAGCUGCAGAAGCUCAAUCAGAGAGACAUCCAGGAUCUGAAUUCCAUCCAGCCGAACAACCCCACCAUGGUGAUGGACUUCUGGACUGGCUGGUUUGACAUGUGGGGUGACCUUCACCACGUGCUCCCUCCAGAGGAUAUGGUGUCCACCAUGAGGGAGAUUCUGAAACGGGGCAUGUCGGUCAACCUCUACAUGUUCCAUGGAGGCUCCACAUUUGGCUUCAUGAGCGGAGCGCUCGCUGACCCAUCCUACAAAGCCCUGGUCCCCAGCUACGAUUUUGAUGCUCCCUUGACUGAAGCUGGGGAGUACACUCCAAAGUAUCAUCUCCUUAGAGAUCUUUUGUCUCGCCAUAACAGAGGUGUGGAUCUCCCUGAUAUGCCAGCACUACAUUACAGGGAGGCUUAUGAACCAGCAAUCAUGUACCACCACCUGUCCUUAUGGGACGCUCUGAGAUUCACAGAGGGACCAUUUAAGUCACUCAGGCCAGUGAAUAUGGAAAGUCUACCUGUGAACAAUGGAAAUGGCCAGUCUUAUGGAUACAUGCUGUAUGAGACUACCAUCACCAGUGGAGGUUUACUGAGCUCUGGAGACAAUGUCAGAGACAGAGCAAUGGUGUUUGUAGACAGAAGCUACAUAGGACUUUUCAAGCGCCAGAAUGUGGAGCUGGCGGUUCCUGAUGGUAAGGGUCGACGGACCUUGAGUUUACUGGUGGAAAACUGUGGACGAGUUCACCAGGGAAGGGACCUUGACAAACAACAUAAAGGACUCGUGGGAGACAUUUUAUUAAACAAUAUUCCCUUGCGGGAUUUUACAAUAUACAGUUUGGAUAUGAAACCCAGCUUCAUUGAUAGUCUCUACCAGGCACCGUGGAAAACGCUUCCUGAAAAUCCCAGCUUCCCUGGAUUUUUCAUGGGAAGGAUGUAUGCAUAUGGGUAUCCAAGUGACACUUUUGUGAAGCUCCCAGGCUGGGAGAAAGGUGUUGUGUUCAUCAACGGGCUGAAUCUGGGCCGAUACUGGUCCAUUGGUCCACAGCAGGCGUUGUACCUCCCUGGUCCGUUCCUGAACAGUGGAAUUAACCAGGUCAUUAUGUUUGAGGAGCAAGAGGGAGACUACAAGGUCCACUUUGAGGAUACGCCUGAUCUUGGCAUGGCAGCAGACAUCCAGUGACUGAAGUUUGUCACGUGCGAUUAAACCUUCCAAUUUAGACGCUUCAAUGUUGCUGAUUUUGUAUUUCUAAUUUAUUCCCUUUGUCUGAAGGACUGUUGACCGUUAUAAAGUAAUAAACUGUGAUGCCGAGCAAGA